AUGUUCACACCGGCCAAAGAAAUCCAUCCAAGCGAGAAGACGGGUGAUACAGCCGCCCUGGGUGCUACUCGGUCUCACUCCGCCUUCGACACCGAAGGAGCCGUCAUCGAUCUCCCGCGAGCGCAGACUAAACGUGGCAUCCAGUCUCGUCAUGCGCAGAUGAUAGCAAUUGGCGGUAUUAUUGGCACCGGCCUAUUCGUGGGGACUGGUGAAGCUCUUGCAGUCGCUGGGCCCGCGAACCUCUUCCUUGCCUUUGCCACAAUUUGCUUCUUCGUUUACGGAAUGGUGACUACUGUAAUGACAGUUGGUACCUACCUUCCAGGGGAGGGUACCUCCAUGGCCGCUUACGCCUCGCGAUACGUUUCUAAAAGCUUAGGCUUUGCCAUGGGAUGGCUCUACUGGUACUCGUAUGGUAUCAUUGUCGCCUACGAAAUCACAGCUGCCGCACUGGUCAUCGACUACUGGCCGAACAACAUCAACGUGGCCGUCUGGUUGACCAUCAUGUUAGUCGUCAUCCUGGGGUUGAACCUGAUGCCAGUCCGCGUAUACGCCGAGUCUGAGUUCUGGUUUGCCUCGCUGAAAAUUAUCAUGAUUGUUGGGCUGCUCCUCCUGUCCUUCAUCCUUGCCGUCGGUGGGGGGCCAUCUCAUGAACGUCUGGGCUUCCGGUACUGGAAUGACCCUGGUCUGAUGAACAAGUAUUUGGUGGACGGUUCCGCAGGCCGCCUCUGUGCCUUCGUCUACGCUCUCGUCUUCUCCAUGUUUUCUUUCGUCUUUGGCCCGGAGCUCGUUGUACUCACCAGUGGAGAGAUGCGUUCUCCCCGCAGGAAUCUCCCGCGUGCCGCAAACAACUUCAUCUGGCGUCUCAUCGUGUUCUACGUGCUCAGCGCGCUUGCCAUUGGCGUCAUCUGCCCCAGCAACGCUUCCGGCCUAACGAACGGCGGUGUCGGCGCAGCAGCCUCCCCCUGGACCAUCGCCAUUCGAGAAGCCGGCAUCACAGUCCUCCCCAGCGUCAUCAACGGCGGCAUAAUCCUCUCCGCCUGGUCAUCCGGAAACUCCUACCUCUACAUGUCCAGUCGCAGUCUCUACUCGAUGGCAUGCGAAGGCAGCGCACCCCAGAUCUUCAGCCGCACAAACCGCUUCGGUGUCCCCGUCAACGCCGUGCUAGCUAGCAGUCUCUACGCGCUCCUAUCCUACCUCAACACCAGCUCGUCCAGUAGCUCCGUCUUCACCUGGCUCAUCAACAUCACCAACACAGCAGGCUUCAUUUCCUGGAUCUGCUGCUGCAUUAUCUUCCUCCGGUUCAUGGAGGCAUGCAAGGCGCAGGGAAUCACCAAUCUGCCUUACCAAUCCGUUCUACAGCCCUACGCCACCUGGGUCUGUCUCGUCUUUUUCACUCUUCUCUGCCUCGUCAACGGGUUCUCCGUUUUCUUCCCGGGGCACUGCUCUACUCAGACCUUUGUGACUUCCUACGCUGGUAUCCCUGCUUUCAUCGUGAUCUACCUCGUCCAUCGGACCGUUCAUCGAAACGAUCGCUGGGCGUAUCGUCCUGAGGAGGUGGAUUUGACCACUGGCUUGGAAGAAAUCGCCGCUCUUGAGGCCGAGGAGUUUCUCGAGGCCGAGCGGAGUUCCGAAGAAGAAACAAAGAAUAUAUGGCUCAAGAAGAUUAGGAAGACACUGGGUUAA